GUCUUAAGCAGCGUUCAGACCAAAAGCGUCUGACGCGAAAAAAUCGCUUGAAACGCUUCUAUCGCGCCGCUUGAUCAAAAAUGUCACUUUUUUGGAUCAUCGCUUCAUUCGCGCUUGUCGCUCGAAAAAAAAAAAAAUGGCGCAUGGGCAAACGUUUGCCCGCUCAUUUCUCAACCCGCUCUCUUUUCACGUCAACCAUGGCUGAAAUAACCACCAUUGCUGCACUGCACCUGCUGUACAAGAUCGAGAAGCGCCGGAAAACCACCCGCCGUCGUGUCUGGGUUCACGACAUCCUCCGGAGAUGCACUGAGCUGGGUGAAUUUCACCGUCUCCUCCAGGAGCUCCGCCUGGAUGACAACCGUUUCCAGCGGUACCUCAGGCUGACUGAAGCCCAGUUCGAUGACCUGUUAUCUCGGGUCGGUGCCAGGAUCUCCCGCCUGGACACCAACUACAGGCGCUCCAUCCCAGCUGCGGAGCGCCUGUCCAUCUGUCUGAGGUUCCUAGCUACAGGAGACUCCUAUAGGAGCAUCGCGAACAGCUUUCGUGUGGGCAUUUCUACGGUGUCUGCAAUUGUUCCUGAUGUGGUCACUGCUAUUUGGGACUGCCUGGUCGAGGAGUUUAUGGCCGUGCCCACCACAGAGAAGUGGAGGUCCAUUGCAGAGCAGUUUCAGGAGAGGUGGAAUUUCCCUCUCUGCUGUGGUGCUCUGGAUGGGAAGCAUGUGGUGUUGAAGGCCCCCCACAACUCUGGAUCACAGUUCUUCAAUUACAAGGGAACUUUCUCAAUUGUUCUCUUGGCAGUUGUCGAUGCCAAUUACUGUUUCAGGGUAAUUGAUGUUGGGGGCUACGGGGGACCUCAGCCUCACCGUUUUGUUGCUGAUGAGGCCUUUCCACUCAGGAGAAACCUCAUGAGGCCAUUCCCUGGACGCAUCCAAAUUUAA